AGUCCCACCUUCUACAAGAAAUCUUUGCCCAUCUUUCUUAAGCUUAGUGCCUUCCCUCAGUGAUUAUUUCUAUUUGUUGUUCAGUCUUGUCCAACUCUUUAUGACCCCAUUUGGGGUUUUCUUGGCAAAGAUAUUGAAGUGUUUUGCCAUUUCCUUCUUCAGUGGAUUGUAGCAACCCUGGUCUUCUGACUACAAAAGGAGGGUUCUUUGGACCAUACCUGCUGCUUCCCUAAGGCCAGAGCUGGAACAAGAAUGGAUAAACAGAGGCCAUCUUGGAAGGCAGAGCUCUUGCUAAGAAGAAAAGGCCAUUCCCUGGACAGAUCUCAGGUCUCCAAGAUGUCAGGAACUCAGGACUCUCAGGACUCAAUGUCUGCUAGCCCAGCACUUCGCCGGACAUUAAGUGAUUGGGUUCAACCCUUGGAUGGGCGAGCAGUGGUGUCAAAGAGUGGUGCUUCUGUGGCCUCAAAGCUAGAGAAAACUAAAAGGGUCUCCAGUGAGUCUGGUGGCCAAAGAAGCAACCACCACAAGGACAAGACCCACAAGAAGGGCCAGCAUGUGUUGCUAAAGAACCUAGUGAACUUCCUCACCAAGACAGGAUCUGAGGAACAGAGGGAAAAGGGAGAGAAAAAGUCAAAGGAGAAAUGUAACUCCAUUCCAGACACAAGACACCUAGAAGCAUGUGUGGACCCACCAGAGACAACCUUUAGGAAGAAAGACAAGGAAAGAAAAGACAAAAAGUCAAAGGAGAAAGGUGUCUUCCCUCAUGGCUCAGAACCCCUAGAGGCAUGUGUAGACCCACCAGAGACAACCUUUAGGAAGAAAGACAAGGAAAGAAAAGACAAAAAGUCAAAGGAGAAAGGUGUCUUCUCUCAUGGCUCAGAACCCCUAGAGGCAUGUGUAGACCCACCAGAGACAACCUUUAGGAAGAAAGACAAGGAAAGAAAAGACAAAAAGUCAAAGGAGAAAGGUGUCUUCUCUCAUGACUCAGAACCCCCAGAGGCAUGCUUAGACUCACCAGAGACAACUUUUAGGAAGAAAGACAAGAAGUCUGGUUUCAAGAAGGCCUUUUCUUUUAAGAGACAUGGCAAUGAAGAGGCCAAGAAAUCUACAGGCUUGGAUGCUGGAAACCCUGAGGCAAAGAGGCCUACAAAGCCUACCUUCCUCCCUUUGUGCAUCAGCCACAGACCAGAGAGCCUGACCACCUCUGAGUCCGAGGAGGAUGAAGUACAUGAGAAGGGCACGUCCACAGAAGUCAGGACUCUCAGUUCUACUGGACUUUCCAAGCAAGCUGGGCUGCCCCCGCCAGAGGAAAAGCCACCUCCUGACAGAAGCUAUGAAACUAUUGACAUUAUUAUCCAGAAGAUAGUUGCUGUUCUCAGAGAAGAAGGAGACAGAUGGGAUGAAAAGAUCAAAGAAGACCCAAGUUUUAGGGUGGUCUUGGAGAAUCUCUCCUUUACCUCCUUCCAAACCUUGACAGAUGCCCUCGUCGAUCAGAACAAGAACCAGAAGGAGCCAGAUAGGAGUCGACAAGAGAGACGCUACCAGUUUGCCGUUUAUCUGACUAACAAAUUUGCAGGCAACGCUAACCACGCUGUCCUCCGCUUCAUGGGCUGCAGAGACCACGCAGUCCCGCACACAUUUGGCCAUAUACCUUACAACAAUGAGCAGGCAAGUGGGGGCAGGGACCAGGCGCCACACAAUAUCCAAGAGUUUUGGGGUGUCAUCAGUAGAAGCCACUCAACGCUUUUAAAGGGAGAUCUGCCCCCAAAUAUGGGGCAAGUUCACCCUUCCACAGUCCAGAUUGAAGCUCAAGCCUCUCUGUUUUUUCGAGUUGCCAGACAAUUGGAGCCAUUAAGAGAUGGGAAUACGCUUUCUUGGACCCACAAAGUAAUGCUUCAUGAACCUACUUGA